AUGUGCCUUCAGAACGAGGCCAGCUACUUCCGGAGUCUCUUCACACCUGACGCCAACCACCCGCUAAGCCUUCUCGAGCAAGCGUUUCCCCGGCCCGCAGCUGCCAAAGCGGCGCCAAACGGUCCCCAAAUAGCCGUUCAUGGAACCAGUGAAGAAACUACCGCGCCCACAGAAAGUCUUGUUACCCACAUGAGGGAACACGUUGAGGUUAUGCAGCCUCCCACAGUCAUCUGCAACCAUCCACUCUCUCACUUUGACAUGAUGGAAGUGAUCCACAAAGUCGACCCUUCAUGGAUAUACCAUACACAACGCAGGGCGGACCACAUUGCGGCUUGCCGCGAUUGUCCUCAGAUACCCUAUCUAUCUAUCGCGCUCCCUAGACCUGAUCGCAGCCAACAGGUAGCACUAAGGCGCAUAGCCAUUACGAUAGAGUCGCACGACCAGGGAUUCUGUGAUGGACCCCCACGUGAGCCCGGCUCCUACUCCAACAGCUGGACGUGGUUUGAAGUUACUCUGAUGGAUUCGUCAGGACGCGAACGCAUUGAUCGGUGCGAAGUUCAGCGAAACAUUCCAGGCAAUCUCCAGCCAAGAACACACGAAAUCGUCUGGGACUAUCGCGAUGACGGACCGGAUCGGGUUUCAAGAGGUUCAUUUACGCCCGCAAGCAUCUAUGGCGCCUGGUUGAGGACGGCUCAGCCUGGCGACACCAUUCACCUAUUUCCAAGGGCCCUCUACCCAGCCUGGGUGAACUUUGUUGUGCAUGCACAGAUUGAGGUCUGGACUGAAAUGCAACCAUUGCGCGUAUUUCCGGAAGGCCUAAGCGCAACGUCUGGUGCCAUAUUGAACAGCAGUCAGUCCUUGUUCUACAAACCACUCGACCCGACUCGCAAGGAGAUACGGAUCCUUAGGAUCGCACCAGAGGAUGAGAGCAGCGGCAGCACUUUGAGGGCCUCGCUGCACACUGGAGACCUUGUAAGCCAGGCACGAAUUGGAUACGACGCGUUGUCGUACUGUUGGGGUUCAGACCAAUACAACAAAGAGAUCAUCAUUGAUAGAAUUGACGACCGCGAGGUCUCUGUCAAGCUUCGCAUUGGUGAUGAUCUUUUCUCGGCGUUGCGGUCUAUGAGACUUUCCUUGCAUCAAAGAUCUCUCUGGGUCGACCAAAUCUGCAUUAAUCAGAGCGAUCUCGCAGAGCGCGCGAGCCAAGUCAUGCUCAUGAGUCAGAUUUAUGCUUCAGCUACCAAUGUCAUCGUCUGGCUAGGUGAUUUGGACACAGACACGGAAGAGGACAUGUCAGUACUGCGACAAAUUGCAGUAAUGUACGACACGAACGAAUCAACGAAUCUUUCAGGCGAACAUCGAUUGAGACACUGCCGUUACCUUCAUGGUGUUAUAUCAAAUGGCGAAACGAUUUCUAUGUCAAAUGACAGGAUCUUCAAACGGCCAUGGUUCACUCGAGUUUGGGUUUUGCAAGAGGUCUGGAACUCGCCAAUAAAUGCAACGGACAUCGAAAAGAAUCGUCGAAUACUUGUCCAUUGCGGUUCCGAAAGACUGUCCUGGGCAACCAUUCUACAAAGUCAGUAUUGCCUCCGGUACGAUCAUGGUGUUGCCAGUAAUAUGAUCUCAAGAAUAUGGCACGACAUAUUUGAGAUACAGAGGAACUAUCCCUAUCAUUCCCUGCCGGCGCCGCGGAUGGACAUUUUGACUGUUCUUGUUAGCGCGCUCGAUAUGCAGGCUACAGAUCCUCGAGAUAAGAUCUUCGCACUGCUCAUUUUCGGCGACGAAACAAGAGAUGUCCAGAACCUACCCGUACUGAUUCGGCCAGACUACACCAAGAGCGUGGAGCAAGUCUACGCAGAUUUCACGCAAUGGUGGAUAGGCCAUCACAAGUCUCUCCGCAUCCUGUCAGCUAUUCAUACGCAGCACAGGCGCACCUGGCUCGAUAUAUCCAACACCAGCGCUUCUCACGGAGCAACGGCCCAGGUGCCACAAUGUCACGCAUCUUGGAGUUUCUGGCAUGCAGGCCGGCCUCAGUGGAUCCAAGGAGUCCUUGGUAGCCAUCAAAAGCUCUCCUACGACGCCAGCGGCGGCCGGAUUGUCGAGGUUGGUCCCGUCACAGCGUCUUCCCCUUUGCAGAUGCUCUCUCUCAGAGGAAUGCGCAUUGGAAGUAUUCUUGCUACACGACCCUGGCAUGAUGGCUUAUCUUCCGGCAUGUGGGACGCCUUCUGUCACAUUUUUGACGCCAACGGUGAGGCGAGCACAUGGAAGGGGCCAAAGCUUCGGGAUUACUCGUUUCAUAAUCGUCUAAUUCCAGACGUCAGGGGUCACGUUGCGUGCCACCAGUCAGCUCUGGACAUGCACGGCUCCAAUGACGGGUUGCGUCGAGGAGAGUGGUUCCCGUGUUACGGGAAACCCGUGUUCGACAUGGGGAGAGGCUUGGUUGGGCUGUGUCCCUACAUGGCACAAGUUGGAGACAUUGUGGUUGUUUUGUAUGGUGGUUCCGUGCCGUAUAUUCUGACCGAGUCUCCGACCGCGGGAAUAUUCCAUCUUGUCGGGGAGUGCUAUGUGGAUGGUGUGAUGCAUGGAGAGGCUUUUUACCAUUCAGGGCAAGUAUCAGCAUCCAUUAAGCCAGACGGGCAUUGCCGAUGUGUCAAGCUUAAUAUCUACGUACUCGGCCCUGCCAUCGCCGAUGAGGUCAGCCAUCUGCAUACCCAUGCCACUCUCGCCGAUGCCCGUGGCGAUAGUUCCGUGUGGUACCAGACCACCUUUGCAGCAUUGGGCCCAUUGUCAGGCCCGGUUGAGCAACAGCUGGGCACUGCCGUUCUCGCGCGAGACGGCGACGUAAUCAGCCCGCCCGUCGCCGUUGACGUCGGCAAAGACGACAUUUGCAUUUGCCCUCCCUAUGCCGACGCCCGUGGCGAUGGUGCCCUAUGGCAGCCAGCUGACCUUGGCCGCGUUGGGCCCAUUGUCCGGCCCGCCGAGAUACUCAGCGCGGCCGUCACCGUUGAGGUCGGCGAACCGCACGCCCGCGCCGUCUCGGCCGAUGCCCGCCGCGAUCUGGCCCUUGGGGAGCCAGCCGACCUUGGCUGCGUCCGGGUCGUCGUUUGGCCCACCGAGGUUCAGCCAGCAGUCGACGCUGCUGUCCUCGUGGACCCAGAGAUACUCGGCACGCCCGUCGCCGUUGAGAUCGGCAAAGUGGACGCUGCACCGGUCGCCUCCGACACCCGUCGCAAUGACACUGCGGCAGCCAGUUGACCUUGCCCGCGUCAAUUCCUCCCUGCGAGCUGCCGAGGAUCAGAAAAGCGGUGACCGCGCCCCCGGC